AUUCAAUCCCGUCGGGAGGCCCCCUUAUUUUCUUACCUCAGCCAUUUUCUUUUCUUUUUUUUUCUUCUUUUUUGCCCCUACAGCCCAACUCACCUUACCUUCCUGACCUUGGUCACUUGACCCCGCGACGACACGUCAAAUCCCCCGCCAACCACGUGCAAUCCUCUCUCAUCCUUCCAACUCCCAACUGUCACUACCGAAAGAAAGAGAACAAAGACAACAGCCUGGGGUGAGCAAAUAUGUCGCUCUUUGGCAACUUUGACGUCGCAAAGCUGGCAUCACAGCUGGGCAACUUCAAGAUCCCCGACGACCCAGAGAUUAUCAACCAAGGCCACCAGGACUACGGAUACAGCAACUACGGUUCCCAUAGCCAAGGCUACGAUGGCAGACCACCCGCGGGUUACGCCAGUGGUCCGCAGAAUGGCGCCGAGGAGUACAAGCGCGAGCACCCCGCCGCCUUCGGCUCCAGUGACCCCACGCGUUCCGCCUACUCUGAUCCUGUCUCCGAGGGAAGUGCCAUGUCGUCCGUCGCUGCUGGUGUACUGCGGGAGCCGGAGCUGGGUACUAUGCAGGACAGCAAUACGGACAGAGCCAGUCCCAUGGGUACGAACAGCCUCAACACCUCAACAGCAAUAUGGACAGCAGUAUGAACAGGGAUACGGCAGCGAAGAGAAGAAGAAAAAGAAGAAGAGCGGGAACAGCAACAUGUUC